AUGGCCCAGGCUCGACGCAAAGGAGCUGAGUGCGAGGGUGUGGCCUGUGAGCACGCGCUGGGACAGCAGCCUUUGCGACUAUACGAGUAUCUCUGGUCCAAUGCGAGUGACAAUAUUGACGACAGCGGCAAACAUAUCUUCUCAUUCGUACUCACGGAUACGGUAGUGUUUAAGCGGCAGAAGCCCGUCAAAUGGCUCUUCACCUCCAAGCAAGAGCGGGGCAAAAUUCUGUCCAAGACCAAGAGAUUUCUCUCUGUUGCGCGAGUGCUUCAUGAGUUUCUGGUACCACGAUGGGCAUCGAACACAUUGCCCAAGCUGGACAAAGAUAAGCAGAUACUCGCAACGUAUGCAUACCUAGACCGAUCAUCCGCGUUUGGCCACAUGCGGAUGGUUAUAGAGCACCUGGACAAGGCGGCACUCAAGCAUUUGCUAGAAGCGAGGGAAAAGCCUGGCUUUAGCGUCCUACAGCGCUUUAUUCCAACCAAAUCCGGAUAUAACCACACUAUUCGAUCGGACUACACGGAGGAUAGCUGCACUGUACAAAAAUGCAUUAGUCCGUUUUUGCUGAGCGACACGAAGAUUUCUAUGUUGCAGCGCACUGCAACGUUCGAGAUCGAUGAUCCUUUGCUUCGCCAUCGUGACGUGACGGACAAGGAAGUACGGAAAACCAUCGAAAAGAUCAAUGCUGAAAUAAGCUCCCAUCUGGAAUCCAUCGUAGGAAAAGAGAUGCUUCGCUUCAUAAAUUACUUCAAGAUUGGGGCUGACCACCACAUCUAUCUACUGUGGAGCUCAAUGCUAUCUUUUGAUGCUGGAGUAAGAGGAGCUGCCAGACAUUAUAGCCUUGCACUGGGUAAUGCUGUUUCCCUGUCAAAUAAUGGAGACGACCAUGAAACACCGCCAAAAAUGAGCCAAUCACUCAUCGGCUGUGCAGCCCAGCUAAAGGUGUGUCCGAAUUGCAAUCGAAUGCUUCCAAGAGGCGAAGUACAGUAUGUGGUUACCAACAAGUCGAUCAUUCGGCAAUUUGAGCGUGAUUCAGUCGAUAGCGCCGGUGAAGAAUCUGAGAAAAAGAUCCCGACUACGCUUCGAGCUAUCAAUGGAUCCAUGCAAAUCAAACGAUUGAAGCAAUUGGAACAGUCGACAGCUUACCUAUACCAGACUGUACAGCUUUGCUUGACUUGUGCUCGGAAUAUCAACAUGGACACCAAAACGUGUAGCCCGCCAAGCCGAAAUAACAAUGAAGAUGUCAUUGCUGACGAGAGCAUCGUGGAGAAAGAUUUGGCAAUUCAACCUGACCAAGGGUUACCCGCGAAAAUCAAGCGUAGCAGUUCUACUAAAGUGGAGGAAGUAAGGGAAGCCCGAAAGCCUGUCGUGGUAGUACAUACACGAGCAUCCUCUGCUGGUUCGAUGCGCAUGAAUUUCUCCAAGAAAAACAUCACAAAGGGUAGCAACCAGUAUCGACAGCACCUACUGCGAGUCCUUCCUCGUUUAAAUGCGCUCGACCCACCAGAGUUGCCACCUCAAGAUCGGAUGCGUCAACUGGCGUUCCAUUUGAAGCGCACCUUCGGCCACCCAUCACUACGCUUUGCGCUAUCAAAAUGCAAUAUUUUUCCAGUUGGAUCAAUGGUACCUGUUCGCACGCUGGGUGCGGUCUGCAGGACAGAAUUAUUGAUGUCGGCAGCUCUCUACUGGACAGAGCUAUGCCAAGUACAAGAGUCAUCAAUUAGUCCACAAACUGUUGACAUUGACGCUAUUGACAGUUUACUCGCCGGUAGCCUCAAACCUUCGAACCAAACUACUCAUUCUACUGAGGAAGCUCGUUCUCAUCCGCGGCACCGAAUAAUCCGGCCUACUCGCCUCAUACAGGCUACCGAAGCUUCGUGCCCUUUGAUCCCCAGUGCUCCGUCAACCACAACGUGCGUACCAAAGAGACCCGAUCGACCGCAUAGCUGCAUCCCAGCGAGCAGUUCUUCUCGUAGAGCGCGGCUUCUUUCGCUCACUGCAAGAAAAAUUCGAGGACCUCCGAGCAACACCGAUAUUCAACGUGACUCAACUGUUGAGCCACAAUCUACCGUGCGAAUCGUCGAUGGGAUUCAGUGUCACGUGCAAAUGUCCGCUAGAUCCGAUGAUGACGGCCAGUGCGUACUGCAUCUCGAGGUGGCCGAGGUGGCGAGCGCAGAAAGCAACCAAACGAUGGAAUUGACGCUCAAGACUACCGAAAUCCUCGCAUUGUUGGGGAACACUCAACAUAUCACCAGUCAAUCCGCUUUGCUUGAAGGCAUCCUUCCUCUCCUUCGGAUUGAAAACGCCCAGCUAAGCAUCCCAGCACUGCAGCGACAGCAAGAGACAGAAUUACCAGCGUCUAGCCCACGGCCUCCUCACCUGAUUCCGCGACCUCCUCCUUGUCGAGCGUCAAACCACCCUCAAGUGCAUUUUGAAUAGCCCGCAUCUUUCUGCAAAACGCCACGUGCGUGGCCACCAAUGUUUUGCACGAGUGAAGCCAUUUCAAAUCCGUGUGGGGUGCAAAAACGUGU